ACGGAACAGCGCAUCGCCGUAACAGCCGGCAGCCGCAGUGAAGCAGCACAGGGGGUUAGUAUCACUGCAGCAAGGACAACCGACCCUGAAGACAAAAUGCGAUUGAUUUGGCAGUAUUUUCUCCUUCUCUCCGCGUUUCUUCUGUCUGUGCUGUGUUCGAGGGAGGUUCCGAGACUAACCCUGCGGCAAGGUACUUCAGACCACCGGCUUCCCUACCAAAGAAAUUUUAACCACUCCGUCUUCUUCCUUCAUGAAGAAACCCAGACCCUGUUCAUUGGAGGAUUAAAUUGUGUAUUACAAGUCAAUUUAAACGACAGCCAUGUUUUGGAGAACAUCACUCUGAUAGCUGACAGAGAUCAAAGUUGUGAUAAGUGUUCUUGUGAAUAUGCAGUCACUGUAAUUGAGGAAUUCCAGGACAGCAUUUUGGUUUGUGGUACAAAUGGAGAGCAUCCAAAGUGUUGGAAGCUGCACCCCAGGGAUAGCAAUCACUCCAGUGAGAUAGAGGAAUAUAUGGAUGGCACCGGCAUCUCUCCUCACACAUCUUCACAGAACUCUGUAUCUCUUGCAGUAGAUGGAGACCUUUAUGCUGCAGCUCCCCUGUACAGGGAGGGAACCUCGCUACAGUUUCGCAGAAAAGUUGGCAGUCAAACCAGUGUGUGGAUGUAUGACUCUUGGAUUAUGGAACCAACCUUUAUUUCUGCAUUCUUGGCCAGGAGACCUGAGGAUCCAAUGCAUGAGAAGAUUUAUGUCCUCUUUCGAGAGAAAAACUCAGACAGCAGCCCAGAGGCUGACCCUUGGAUCUCGAGAGUGGCCAGAGUAUGCAAGGUCGAUAAGGGAGGAUCCAAGAGCUUCUUCCAGAAUAUAUGGACAUCCUUCCUGAAGGCACGUCUUGUGUGUGGGAUUCCUGGCGAGUCUCUGUACUUUAACCGUCUGCAAGAUGUCUUUGUACUGCAUUCGAAAGAUUGGAGAGACUCACAGGUCUAUGCACUCUUCUCAAGCAGCUGGAACUCCACAGCUGUUUGCAAAUACUCCUUAUUUGAGCUUGAUGCCAUUUUUGAGAAUUCUACCUUUAAAGACUACGAAGAAGAGAUUCCCAGUCCAAGGCCAGGAACUUGUGUGAAGGACAGUAGGUCUCUGCCCACGGCUACUAUCAACGUCAUUAAAAAUCAUCCAGAGAUGACUGACUGGGUUCGUCCCAUACAGAAAGACUCUCCUUUUUACAUCAGCAACAACAAUUACACCAGAAUAGUAGUGGACAGAGUGCAGGCUGCAGAUGAAAAAAUGUACAAUGUGCUGCUGCUUGCCACAGACUCUGGUAUGAUUCAUAAGAUUUUGGAGGAUGGCUCCAAAGCAUUCAUCAUUUCUGAAACACGCCUAUGCAGCAGCUCCGCUUCAGUGCAGACUAUGAAGCUUAACUCUGAAAAGAGAAAGCUGUUUGUUGGAUACCCUGGGCAGAUGUCUGUAUUAGAUCUGCAGAAGUGCCAAGACUACAAUGCCUCCUGUCAGGACUGUGUUCUAGCACGUGACCCAUACUGCGCAUGGACUGAAAAUGGCUGCACAUCACAAACCAAAGGGGGGACUCAGAAUAUUGCCACUGGUGAAACACACAUAUGCCAUAACAAUGCAGGGCCAAAUAAAGUCAUGAGAAUCAAGCGAGAUGUAUCGUCUUCAUCACCUGUUCCUCUAAAAAUAGAACACACUGUUCCCAUGGGCUUCCCGUACUAUCUUUCCUGCCCCAUCGAGUCCCACCAUGCUACCUACUACUGGAUGCAUGGAAAUCAUUACAGCCCUUGCCAGCAGACACUAUCUGACUGCCUCUAUCUUAUACCAGCUGUCAGUGAAGCAGAUUAUGGAGAAUACACUUGUGAGUCCAGAGAGCGUGACUACACCAAAAAGGUUAAAAAAUACAAUCUGCGGGAUCCUGAGUUGCACACUAGAAGCAGUGCCUUGAAAAUAACAGCACAGAAGGAAUCGGUAUUGACUGUAUCGUCUGCAGUUCUGUUUAUAGUGCAUAAUCUAAUCUAGAGAGCAGUAUCUUUUUCAAGCUUCCUUGUUUUGUGUUCAUACCAGUAAUUAACAUUGUGCGUCAAAGCUUGGCAGAGAACUGUGGGUGUACGUGUAAUAGGGCAGGACCCAGACGGGAUUGUUAAACUGUGGGCCUGGGUGUGAGGUAGAUUUCUAAAAUGCAUUGUGUUCUAAAGUUAAAUGCACUCCCUUCAGUGAGGCACCAUUUGCUGUAAUGUGACGCACCUUGUUGUUUCAUGGUUCUCAAGCUUGAUUCUGAGAGCACUGGGUAAGCUAAAUUACCAAGGGCUGAUAUUUAAAACAAUAUGAGGCAAAAUAUAAGCAAUCACAACAACAGUUAAGUUUACUAGCCUUAUUGACAAUUUUCACACAUCUGAGGUUUUAUCAAACAAAAUGAACAUUACAUAAAAAGCUAGCCUGAAAUAUGCUUCUCAAGAUGGCACUCCAAGCAGACUACUGAAGAUACUAGCAGGAAGAGGUAAUGAGAUGGCUUUGUGAAAAGAAAACGUUUCAGAUUCAGUAAGGUUUUAAAUGGUAAGAAAGAAACGCAUGCUGAGAGAAAUCCAAAAAGAAAUUGGAAAAAAAUCUGGCUUGAGUAUGAGGUGAAGGAGGGCAUGAAGCCGAAGUCCAAAUUCCAUGUAAGUGAUCCGCUGUCCCAUACAGUUUCAUCAUAUGAUUUUCAAUCUGCUGAAAGUAUUGAAGUUAGCUAGAAAGACUGAGAGUAAAGUUAGGUUGUUUGGAAUGUGAGAUGAGCUGGACAACGAAUCAAAGGGAUAGGUUGUAAAUGGUAUGUGCUAUUUGCUUAAUGCAGGGGUAUCAAAUCUUAUUCAUGAAGGACCGCAAGGUUUUUAUUUUACCAAAGCAGGAGUGCACAAGAUUGGUUGUGUAAAGACAAAUUAAUUAAACAAUUAAUUGGAAUCAAGUGGAAUCAGGUGUGUUGCUGCUUGUUUGAGUGAAAACCUGCAGCCACAACCAUGUGGAUAAAAUUGGAUACUCCCAGUUAGUGUGUUGGCACGUCUAGUAAGAUUGUUUCCUAGUUGAAACUCCAAUUUAAAGGAAUGUCUUAAAUACUAGGUAAGUAAAUAACGUGUGGGUUUAUGCUCAUAGUUGAAUCACUUUUUGUGAGUGAUUAUGUAGGGCCAUGUAGGUCAUUCAGGGUGUGUAGCCAGCAAGCAGAAGUUUCAUUUUGUCAGUGACUAGUGUGGGAAAUGAAUCUUUUGUUCCUUUGUCAUUUGCCAAUGCUGUUAUUGAAGCAAACAAUGAGCCUGUGAAGAAUUUGGUACUGUUGUAUGUGCAAUAUUAGCACAGCAAGAAAGCUUGAAGGAUUGGCCAAGAGUCAAAAGAACAUCCUCAAGAAUCUCUCCCAUGGCUGUCUAACUGAAUUAUGUUUUGUAAGUGGCCUCGUUCACUUCGUUUCCUCAUUUCACACUUCAUAGACUUGAUGAAUCAUACAUUUUUAUUUUUUCAGCAAAUACCAGCAAAAUCUUUAUUUAUUUCAGUUGUUUAAAGUGCAUCAUCACUGUCCAAAAAGGGACAAAUCAAUAUCUAUUUGAUUUUUCUAUUAGUAUUUUUUUUCUUUGCCAUUCUGUUUGUUUGAAAAUUUUGUGUGAAUAUUUUGUGAAGAUCAAUAGAAAUGCUCCAAAAUGAAUGAAUACAACUUUAAAUUUAGCAUAUAUUUUAUAUUUUACAUACAUGCUUUUUUUGGACAGCAACAGCUGUGUCUGCGUGGUUUCUAUGUUGUUUUAAAGAAUUACAUCAAAGCACACUUCUACACAGGAAGUGACUGAAAGGCGUUGUUGCAGUCAUGUUCUCCGUGGGGAGUGAGGUCCAAAGGACAGGGACUCCAUUUGACAGAUGGAGCAGAAAGAACAGGGUGUGUGUGUGUGUGUGUGUGUGUGUGUGUGUGUGUGUGU